CGUCCACUUGAAGCCAAAAUACAAACAGAAACACAACAAAAAAUGGGCCUUCAAUUAACAGUCGAGAGGCUGCUGGCUAAGUUGCCACAGUAUAUGGUAACAAAAUGUGAAGCAGAAACAAGACUUUUCCUGUUCCCUUCAAGCCCAAUUCCAGGUCCGAGGGCAUUCUUUUAUAAAUUUGUAUGGUACUUCUCAAUAAAGGAAUCAUCCAGGGACGCUCGAGCGGUCAUCUUUUGCAGCUUCCAGUGAAAACUUUCAAUGACUGCUGCGGCUAGGGGAUUAAUUAAUGAACAAACCAAAAUUAAACAAACGAGGAAAUAAAAGAACAAAGAUAGAGAGGACGAAAGCAGUUGACAAAAAGUGAAAAUUCGAGUUGAAAAUAUGAAUAUUACUUCAUAUAUUUAAAAGUAAUCCAUGAUUAAAGGAAAAAGAAGCUCAAGCAAACCCAUCCAUCCGGCAUCUCUAUAGAUUCUGGUCUUUUUCUCCCUCUCUCUCUCUCUCUUUCCUAAUAACAUUAGUAUUCUGAC